ACGCCGCUCGCGCGCCAGUGCAGGGAUAAAUGUGUAGAUAUACGCGCGCAGGCCCGGCAAGCUUUUAGUUUACAACUACGUACCACCGAGCGAACAAGUUGCCUGCUCACACACCUCCACCGCAUUGGAUUGUAUAGUGCGAGACACAGACACACACACACACACACACACGCGUGAGGGACGAUCAUUCCUCUUUGAGACUGUUUGGUGAUCGGUAUAUAGCAGUGUAUAGAUGUUGUGUUGCGCAUCGGUCGAACUGUUGGACUUUUCGUGAGGAGAGCAUCGUCGAGGAUUAUUGUUUCGCUCGCAGGUUUGCAGAAGCUGCUUUGCUGGAUCGGACGAGACAGAGAAGAGCUUUCAUGGAGGUGGUGUUGAGGCCGGUCUUCGUGGUCGUCGUCGAUCAUCGGAGACUGCACUUCGUGACGGCAGCGCUAUUGCUGUUUCUGGCCAUCAAUCAAGUAACCUGCCAAUUGGACCUGCCACCCCUUCGAGACGAUCAGCGCUACAGCGAUCCCAACAAUGAUCGAUACAACGAUCGCACCUCGGACCGGUACCUUGAUCGCAACACCGAUCGGUAUGCCGAUCGGUUCAACGAUCGUAACCAAGAUCAACCUUUCAACGAUCGCAACCAAGAUCAACGUUUUAACGACGGUCGCCGAUUCCCCCAGAACGACGACGAUCGAUACGACCGAUUCGAGGGUAACAGACGACCCCAAGACAACAGGGGAGGCAUAAGGGACGAUCCUCGAUUCGACAACCGGCGACCGGUUCAGCAAAUCGAUUACGCGAACCUGCUCGCCGGUCUGGACUUUGUCGGCACGCAGAGGUGCAGCAACAACGUCGCCGCCCAGUGGAACUACGAGACCAACGUGAACGAAGUCUCCCAGCUACAAGCGCUGCAGGCACAAAGGCUGUACGCCGAUUUCCAGUAUCAGACAUGGCAGCAGAUCAGUCAGAUCGACCCGAAUACCGUGAGAGAGCCUUUGAUCAGGAGACGAUUGAGAUACCUGUCGGCUGUUGGGCCGGCGGCGCUUCCACCGGAUCAGCUCGAGAGGUACAAUCGGCUGAUCAACGAUAUGCUGACCAUCUACAACAGCGCGACCAUCUGCGCGUACAAGGACCCGCUGCGUUGUGGUCUCCGCCUAUUCCCUGAGAUCUCGCAGACAGUGGCUCGCAGUCGCGACUGGGAUGAGCUGCAAUGGGUCUGGCUCGAGUGGCGACGACGAAGCGGUUCCCAAAUGAAGGACCUCUACAUGCAGUUGGUCGACCUCAACAACGACGCUGCUCGCAUGAACAAUUUCACCGACGCUGCGGAGUACUGGCAGUUCCCCUACGAGUCCUUCAAUUUCGAGCGCGAGGUCGACGAGGUUUGGGAGGAAAUCAAGCCUCUCUACGAGGAACUCCACGCUUACGUCAGAAGGAAGCUGAGGGAUCUUUAUGGACCGGAAAAAAUUAGCCGACAGGCUCCGCUGCCCUCUCAUAUUCUCGGAAACAUUUGGGGACAGUCCUGGGUGAACAUUUUGGACCUCACGCUCCCCUAUCCGGGCAAAAAUUACUUGGAUGUCACGCAGGAGAUGCAAGCUCAGGGCUACACGCCGAUCGAAAUGUUCCGCGCGGGAGAGGACUUCUUCCUGUCGCUGAAUCUGAGCGUACUCCCGCCGGAAUUCUGGGCUGGAAGUCUGAUCGUCGACCCCGGCGACAGGCCUCUUAUCUGCCAGGCUUCGGCUUGGGACUUUUGCAACGGCAUCGACUACAGAAUAAAGAUGUGCACGAAGGUGACGAUGAAGGACCUGAUAACGGUGCACCACGAGAUGGCCCACAUCCAGUACUUCCUGCGCUACAGCCGUCUACCUCGGGAGUUCCGCGACGGCGCGAAUCCCGGUUUUCACGAAGCCAUCGGCGAGGCCGUCGCCCUCAGUGUGGCUACGCCCAAGCAUCUGCAGACUCUGGGCUUGGGCAACAAGUACAUAGACGAACGAUCGUCCGACAUAAAUUACCUGUUCUCGCUGGCGAUGGAGAAACUAGUGCUGCUGCCCUACAGCAUCGCCCUGGACAAGUGGCGCUGGGACGUCUUCCGCGGAGUGGUCAACAGGGAGGAGUACAACUGCCACUGGCAUCGACUGAAGGAACGUUACUCCGGCACUAAGCCACCGGUGCUCAGAUCCGAGGACGACUUCGACCCCGGCUCCAAGUAUCACAUACCCGCUAACAUACCCUAUAUCAGGAAUUUCGUCGCCGGGGUGCUGCAGUUCCAGCUGUACAGGGCACUGUGUCAAGCGGCGGGACAGAGGAAUCCCGAGGAUCCGCGCAAGCCCCUGCACAAGUGCGAUUUUUACAGGAGCCCCGAAGCCGGCAGGAUACUGGGAAGACUGAUGGAACGAGGGUCUUCGGUGCCCUGGCAGGACGUGCUUUUCGAGGCGACGGGCGAGUCGAGAUUGGACCCGUCCGCCCUUAGGGAGUACUUCCGGCCGCUCGAAGAUUGGCUCCGCACCGAAAACCUCAGGACCAACGAACUCGUCGGCUGGACCUAUGACGGCGACUACUGCAAGCGCAGCAUCGAGACGGCCGGUCUGGAGGUCUACGGCAGCGGCCUGUACCAGGGCUACUACAACAGCGGCCCGAGGGUAUCAGGCGCCUUGGGCAACAGCGCGCUCCUAGGCCUCCUGCUGACCCUGGCCUUAUCCUCGUUCUAGCACCAACGCACCAGUUCCGUUCGAGAGUUGCCUCAUCCGCGUCGAAGACGAAUCGCUCAUGUCCCGUUUCUUCUUGUCUACCAAAAAGUCUGCGGGAGAUCAUAUAGUAAUAUAGAUAUAAGGCACGUCGAGAGAAUUUAAUUAAGAACUGCAGCGAUCCAAAGACUCGUCGCUGGUCCUAUCAUUGUUAUUAUUAUGCCUACAACACAUGCAUACAGCCAGUCCCGUGUAUAUCUCUAGCGAAUAAUACCGAAUGGAGGCAUAGACACAGGUUAUAGCUCCGGUAGCGCAGCCGAGGAUUACGCGACACGAGAGUAUAGCGCGUAUACAGCCGAAGUUGUUUCACAAAGGCGCGCUCGCGCCACAGACCGCCGGAAUGCGGAACGACCAUACCAUACUCUCCCGCUCCCGUGUGACAUUAGGCAUUAUUUCUGUCGCAAUAGCCCGCGAAUUCGCCAACGACUCUCUCGCGACGUCCCCUUUAAUUAUAGAGCCGUGAGCACGCGAACGGAUAUCUAUAUGCGAGUGUUGUAGAGUUAAUUAAAAGGAUUUAAUUUAAAUUAACAGCCCGGUUCUCGUUUAUACUCGGGCCGAUCGAUUAUUCAGCUUUGACUCUCAACUCAAGCGGCGUACGUGCUAUUUUAAAAUCACCUCGUGUAUGCACCUACUCCCGCACAAUAGAGCCACGCGCGCAUAUUCCGAAAAGCACGACGGUCUUUCUCUCUCUUUCGCGCUUUGCGCAAUCGGAAGAGCGGAAAGUGCGGCGCGAGCGAGUGAGAGAGAGAGAGAGAGAGAGAGAGAGAGAGAAAGAGAGAGAAGGACGAGCGAACAAUGAGCCGUGUGUAUAGAGACUUUCACCGUUUACACCGCACGCGGACACUUGCCGCAAAAAUCAAGGCUCUGGACGUGAUCCGGAACUGCCGAUAGUGUAUACGGCUCUAUCUCUAGAGGGAGAUGCCAAGGACAGUCCUUACGCGCGAGAACAAUGCGGCGUAGGAUCUUUUGUGUGUAAAGCUGAAGGGUUUCAUCCGAUGAGUAUCCUCCACAGCAGACGGGCCGAGCGCGGAAUGGAUCUGGGAAUUCCGAGCGUUCGCUAAUGGCUCUGUGUGUAAAACGGAACUAGUUCGCGAGUCGCGUAAUCAUCGGUUUAUAUUGUGCUGCAGCUAUCGGUGUAUAUACAAGUGCUCGAGGAGAUUGAAUUAAAAUCGGCUAUUCCCGAUUCUAUACCAUAAUCGAUCGGCGCAUUAGGCUGUGCACGCUGAUUAUGUGGUAACUUCAAAACACGCCGUGAUCGCAAUGAAACGAACUAUACGUACACACACGAAACCUAAUGGUUAUGCAAGCUGCGCGCGCGCGGCUAUAAUAACUUGAUUGAUUCGUCGCGAACAAGUUGUUAUCCGAGUAUACAAAUCCAGACGCCAGAUUAACAUCUAUAUGUGGGUUGUGUGGCAGUUUAGAAACAAAGAAUGGAACCGCACUCGACCCGACGACCUAUCGAAAAAAAGCCUCAUCCUUGACCCGAUCAAUCCUUGUCGACUCGCGCACUCGCAACAAGAGUGUAUACACAUAGACAAUUCUCCCCUUUCAGCAUCGCCGAGAAGGUCCAAAGUGGGAAUGUGCACACUAUAGACAGCCGAUACUCGCCCGAAGGAGUCGUCUCGCGUAAUUGACGGAAAUAUCGCUCGUAUUUAAAUCGACGACUGCUGGAGCCAAACAAACGAUUGCGCAAACGCGAAAAAUAAGCCGCGAUUUUUCACUCUCCUUUUACAUAAGGAGAGUCACUUAGCGGCACUUACUCGAUCGUCUCCUUGCGACAGCUACAUAUAAUGGACGAAUCGUCGCGAGAAAGUCUGUACACUAUCAGCGAGAGUCCAUCUCCGCUUAAUUGGCGCGAGACCCACAAACACAAUUCGAAUAUCAACGAACGAGGGCUCGUAGAAAACGAGCAAAGCUUCUCGCCUCGCGUUUUCCUCCGAUUUUCAGCAGAGUUUUCGUAAUUUUACAACGCGCGGCUAAUGACAGGUGCGAAUUCUCAAGAGGACUUGCAACACGCGCGAGAGCAGCGUAUCCUCGGCUGCGGCAAACUACUUCUUCUGUUUGUUGUUAUUUCGAGAGCUAACACUGACGACUUCCUUACCCGACACUUUGAUACGAUUAACAUGUAAUUAUAUAGACGAGUAGCUGCGUUACAAGCGACGAGAGAAGCAGGUGGAUCUUCUUUUUUUUUUUAAGUAUAGCUAGCCGAGUAAUUGUUGUAAAUAUACAUAAGCGUUGUUUUAUCGUGCUAUAUAUAAUAUACUGGAUUAUUUUAUUAUGUAAAGAUUGGCCUGGUAAAGAGGCCGUGUGUCGUGAAUCAUUUAAUUGUGUACGUUUGUACGUAAGCGUAACAAAUAAAUCUUUCCUUGUAUACAACGA